AUGAGAAGUAGAAUAUCGAUAUGCAGAAUAGAAUAUAGUCAGUAUAAAAUUAAUAAUGACCACAACAACAACAACAACAACAACUAUCACAUUUCAAUGAAUAUUCAGCGCGAUCACAUGUUCUUUGCUUGUAAAUAUGGAUUCAUUGGCAUUGUAAAGUAUUUACACGAGAAUAGUACUGAAGGUUGUAGUCAUUAUGCAAUGUUUCUUCAUUUUAAUAGAACCGAAGGUGCAUCAAAGAAUGCUAUGGAAGGGGUGGUUCAAAAUGGUCAUUUAGAGGUUGUUAAAUUCUAUUAUAUGGAUGAGGCAGCUAAAAUGGACACAUUGAAGUGGUCAAGUUCCUUCAUUUCAAUCGUAGUGAAGGCUGCACAACCGAUGCUAUGGACAAGUCAUCUUGCAAUUAUCACAUUGAAAAUGUCAAGUUUACACUUUAAUCGUAGUGAAGGAUGCACUGAUAGUGUUCUUGAAAAGAAUGAAAACCCUUUGGAAAUGGCAACUUUUCUAUUCAACGUCAGAAAAGAGAAGUGUACUGCAGAACUAUUAAAAGGGCUCUCGAAUUAUGGACACUAUGAUGUGGUUGAGUUGGUUCUCCCAAAACUCCAAGGUGCAAAGGGUAACCAUAGCAGCAGCAUCAGCAGCAUCACAAACAGACUACAAUACUCUACAACAACUAAACCAUCAGAUGAUGAUAACAGUAAUAAUAAUAAUAAUGAAAAUGAUAAACAACAACAAAAAGUAGUGAGAACGAGUGAUGGUGUUAAAGUGGUAGCAUCAGGCUCACCAAACUCAGAGUACUUGAAAAGAGUAUUGGAGAGAAGAAAACAACUCGUUCAAAAGUUAAAUGAAAAUAAGCAAAAGAGUAGCGCAGUAGAAGGAGAGACUGUUGAAGAGGCAGUAGUAGUGGCAGACGGAGGAGAAGAGGUCAAAAAGAAGAAAAAGAAAACGACUACUACAACGAUCAAAUCAUCGAGUCAACUAAUCGACGAAUUUGAACAAUCUAUUCGUAGUGGAGGUGUAUCUGCAGACAAGAUUAAAAAGAUUCAAUUGGCAAAUAACAUUACUACAACUACAACUACAACAAAUGAAACAAAGAAGAAGAAAAAGUCGUCGUCAUCAACAACUGAUAAAGAUCAGUCAUCAUCGUCUUUGACAACGUCAUCAUCGACACCAACAUUUGAAGUAGUAGAUUUUGAAAAAGAAAGAGAAAAAGAAAAGAGUAUAAGAGAGGCAGAUGACAAGACAUUUAAAUAUGAUUACAAGGCAUUGAUGAAUAAUAAUGUAGAGACUGGUGAAGUAUUGGAAGAUGGUGAUGUGGUGGGAGAGAUUAGCGAAGCUGAAAAGGACCGUAUCGACUUGGAGUUUAAAAAGGAGUUUUGGGCUGCUCAAAUGACUAUGCGUGACUCGUUGAAUCAGGAUGGUGGUGACUUUUUGGUCGACGAGACACUCUACCAAGACCGUAUGAAAGACUAUCGUAACUUGGGAUCUGCAUUGGUACAACGUCGUAUGAAACAAAAACGUCAAGAAGUUGAAGAGAGAGAACAAAAGGAACUAGAGAUUAUAAGAAAGAUGGAACAAGACAAAACUGGAAAAUGGAGUAAUCUACCACACCCAAGUGAAUAUAUGGAUGAUGAUGACAUGGAUGGAGUUGGUGAAAAGGGUCAAGACGACGAUGAACAAUUGGAUGACGGUGGAGAUAGAGAUGGAUUACCAGACAUGUCUAGACUCAAAGUUAAAUCAAACAUUACAUUGCCAAAAUCAUAUGAAGAUAUUAUGCAAGAACAAAGAGAUGAUUUGGAACAAGAUGCUGUUCGUUUGGGAGACGAUGAGUGGGAACAGAAACGUCGUCUCAAACGUAUCGCAUUCAUGUCGAAUAAACUAGCCAUCAAAGAGAGACAGAGACAAGAGAGAAUGAAACGAUUGGGUAUCGAUGAAGAUGACAUGGUUGAAAUCGAUCCAGAAGAUUAUGCUCGAUAUCAAGCUGGUGAAAUCACUGAACAAGAAUUGGAUCAAUUGGCUAGAAAACAUGUUAGUUCAAGAUAUGUCGAAGACAAUGAAGAAGAAUCAACCACAAACAUAAUGGACGGUGAAAUAAUAGAAAGACAAGAUGAUUAUAAUGGAGAAGAAGAAUAUGAUGAAGAGGAAGAAUCAUACGAUAGAAAACAUUAUGAUUAUCUUAGACAUUGGAAGAUUGGGUCUAUACAAAUUCCAAUACAAUUGAAACGAAAGAUUACACAACAAUUAAAGGGUAAUUCAACUGCCAAGUUGAGAGCUGAUGCUGCCAUGUUGUCGGAUAGAUUGCGUAAUCGUACGCGGUCUGAAGUGAUCGACAAGGAGACGCCGUUCAAGGUGGCACCCGAGGAGAAGCCUGUCAUCAACUAUGGCCCUGGCGAAGCGCUCGCCUACGCCGCACAUAGAAUGCCAGGCGUCUACUCGUGCACCCACAGAGUGUUUCAAGAGAUUGCCGAUCGAAUUCCCAACUUUCAACCCAAGACUAUGAUGGACUAUGGCAGCGGCCCGGGUACUGUCAUUUGGUCGGCCCGUCAAAUAUGGGGUGAAGAAGGUACCAACUCGCUACAAUCGAUUCGUGCAGUUGAGCCAAGCACCUUUAUGACCGACAUUGCUAAAAAGAUGUUAGAGGGAAGUACCGACGGUAUCCAAUGGUCUCAAUUCCUCUUACAACCAAACAGACACCAAAUGACAUCCUACGGACAUAUUCACGAAGGUCUUCAAAGUGACCUGGUCGUCGCUAGUUAUGUGCUGAGUGAAUUGCCCGAUCAAGAGUCACGUCGUACUCUUGUAGCAGAUCUAUGGAGACAUGUCAAGCCAUCAGGCAUGCUCGUACUCCUCGAGCCCGGCACACCCAUCGGGUUCAGUCUUGUCAGAGAGAUGCGUCAAAUGUUGUUGGAUCUCCCAACCGAUCGUUUGACCAACGAAAAGACAUGUCAGGCACAAGUAGUAGCUCCAUGUCCACACUCUGAACGUUGUCCAAUGGGUCACAACUCUUGGUGUCAUUUUUCACAACGUGUUGAACGUCCCAUAUUCCAAAAACUUGCCAAAGGUCCCAAAUCAACAGUCUCAUUUGAAGAUGAAAAGUACUCUUACAUUGCCAUGUCCAAGAUGGUUGGCUCCACCAUUCCCAACCAACUUGUUCGUCAAAAUGAUAUUUACGGACCCGAAGAAUCUCAACCCACCAAACCUUGGUCAAGAAUCAAUGAAGCUCCAUUUAAACGUGGUGGUCAUGUUACAAUGGAUGUUUGUACACCUGAUGCCGAUUUAAAGCGUAUGACUAUUGCUAGAUCACAUGGAAAACAAUUAUAUAAAGAAGCAAGAAAAUCAUUUUGGAGUGAUGCGAUGGUAUUGGAUAAAAAUGUAGUGAAUUGGAUUAUUUCAAGAAAUCAAAUGCCACAAUCAGAGAUUGACAAGUUGUUGAAUCCAGAGACUGCCGAUACAUCUUUGACACUGGUUAAAAAGGAUAGAGUUCAAUUCACAAUGAACAAGGCAGAAGAAGAAUUACGUGAUUUGAUCGAUGAAACACCAGGACGUAGAGUAGAUGCUGAUUUGGAAAAGAAGAAAAAGGCUGAAAAGACAAAGAAGCAAGACGAAUGGAUGAAGGAUCUCAGUGCCACCGACAGAAAGAUUCUUGAGAAAUUGGCCAAGGAAGGUAAAUUCUCAUCAAAGGCAGAUUCAUUAUUCAACAUUGACUCUAGUGUCGAUCAAAGUGAAUCAGUUGAAGACAAUGAUAAUGACCUAGAAGAUAAUGACGGAUCAAGAGGAGGAGGAAAAAAGAAAAAGAGAUUUGAUAAUGAUAGUAUGCAUAGAUUGGAUGAAAAGGAUCAAAUUCAAUUUGAAGAAGACAAGAAACCAAAGAUUAACAAGGCAAUGCGUCAAAGUGCAAGUUCUCAACGUGAACUCAUUCAAACGUUGGAAAGACAAUUGGAACAACAAAAAGUACAAAAUAUGCAACCUUCUGAACGUAAACUAUACCAACGACACAAAUCACAAAUUGAACAAUCAACCAAAAGAUCAAAACCAAAAUCUGAUAUGGAUAGAUUUGUUGAAGAGGAAUUGAAUAACAAAGACAAUAAUGGUAAAAAGGGUCAAUCAAGCAAUACCAAGGAUCAAUUAGAUUUCACCAAAGAGAUUGAAAGAUCAAAUGCAAAUAUUAAAAAGAUUGUUGAAAGAACAGAUAAACGUAAUAUUAUGCAACAAAUGAUGACCAAUAUGGUUGGUGGAUUCCAAGGUAUGGGUAUGAAUACAAAGAAUAAUAGAAAGGAAGUUAUUCAAAGUGUUUUAUCUAAUCGUUCAACAACUACAACUAAACCACCCAAUCCAAAAAAUAAUAAAUAA